AUGCCUGCACGCCCGCGCUGCCGCCUCGCCUCGCUCCUGCAGGCCCGCCCUGCCCACCCGACCGUGCCCGCCUCGCCGCGCGCGCGCAUGCCGCGCCACCGCCCGCGCCUCGCCCCGCCCUCCCUGCGCCCGCCUCGCCCCGCCUGCCCUCGCCUCGCCGCACUCGCGCCCACCGCGUUGCCGGCCUCCCCUCGCCCCGCCCUGCCCGCGCCCGCCUCGGCCCGGGCUGCCGGCCUCCCCUUGCCCCGCCUUGCCUCGCGCUCGCGCCCCGCCUGCAGCCGCCGCGCCCGACCGCCCUAG